CUCUUUCCAUGUACUCCGCUCAGACAUUGCCAUCAUGUUUUCCAAAUCCCUUUUACUGGUCUUUGUUUUGUUCGCAAGCAGCAUCAACGCUGGAGACAUUGGUGUUGUCGGUCUGGGGCGCACGAUAUUCCAGCCUCUGUGCUGCUAUGCAUGCCUUUCCUCCUUUUGGAGUCUGCAACUCUCUUGCACAGAAGCCCAGCGAGAAACUCAAGAUCGAGGCAGCGACCCGUUCUGCCAUUCAACGAAUACAGCAUACCUGAGCUCUUUGGCAUAUUGUAUGCAAGUUAAGUGUGGAGCAGAUAAUGUCUCUUCGAGUGAGACUGAGCAGUGUUGGGCUAGGGUCGCUGGUGAUGGAGUUUCAGUCGGGAGCUUAGAGUCUAACCUUCCCAGCAUUGUCCCAACUGUAACGUUGCCGUACGAUGCUGGGGCGUUGGAUCAAACGAGCCUGGUUAAUGAGCAGUACUAUGAGGACAGCCGGAAGACGAUUCAAGGUUACGUGAAGCAAGAAUCUGCUCAUGCUUUAUACGGGACUAUCCUCGUGGCCGUCGUUAUUGGCUUUUGCUUCUGUCUUGGCCUCCAUCGACUAAUCAACUACGCCUUGCCACACCGAUGCCUUCCCCGACCAAUUUCGUCUUUCUUCUCGAAAUAUAUCUAUCUGCCAGCUCUGGUCGGAUCCAUGCACCUUCGGAAAUUCCCUGGAAACAUCGGGUACGUCCCAUCAAGGACUCUAACACUGUUGGUACUCUGUUACAUCGCUCUCAACGCUGUCCUCUGCGCAAUCAACUAUCCGACUCUCACUCCAGAUACAUGGUAUAUCUCAAGCAAAAAGCAGCAUACCUCCUUGAUUGCGGAUCGUCUAGGGGUUCUUUGUUAUGCAAACAUUGCACUUACGAUCAUGUUCUCCGGGAGAAACACGCCACUGCUCUGGAUCACAGGUUGCAGUCGCUCGGACAUCAUCACUUUCCACCGAUGGGUUGCUCGCGUUACUGCCAUCGAGGGAGUCGUCCACGUCGUUCUCUACUGGAAUGGAACUAACAGCAGCGGAUAUAACAUGUUCACCCUAGCAGCAGGAAUCCACACCGUCAACUACAAUCCGUCGUAUUGGACGUGGGGGAUUAUCGCAGUCAUCGCUAUGGGAUUCAUGGUUGCAGUCUUCUCAAUGCUUCCACUCAGAACCAAAGCGUACGAAAUUUUCCUCUUCAUACACAUCGCAUUUGCCAUCACGAUCCUUGUUGGUCUCUGGUACCACGUGGUAUGGCGAUACCACAAAGCCUAUGGGUACGAAGUCUGGCUUUACAUUGCCUUUGCAUUCUGGGGCUUCGAUCGGAUUUCUCGAUCUCUUCGAAUGAUUUUGUUGAACUGGAAAUCGUGGAUCCUUCCCUCUCACCCGUCGGCGAUCUUGGAGCUCUUGCCUGGAGAUGAUUUCAUCAAAGUGACUGUAUUCCCAUCACUUAUCUGGAACUUCUCAGCUGGGCAACACUGCUACCUCUACUUUCCAACCCUGACAACUAACCCCUUCCAAUCUCAUCCCUUCUCCGUCGCAAGCUGGAAGAACUGCUCGACCCCACAACCACAGACAAGCGCCAACGAGACAUCCUCCUCCUCCCUUACCCCCGAAAACCCACCACCAGCUUUACCGUUGCACUCAACACACAACUCCACCGAGCCAAUCAUCGAGCUCCAAGAUAUUCCUCUCACUACCACCCCUCCAAACCGCACCUCAAGCCUCCCCCCCAAACCAAGCAUCUCCUUCAUCCUCCGUCCCGAGCAUGGCGUAACACGAAAUCUGCACACUCGCCUCCUGAAAUCCAGAAAAGCGAAAACGGCAGUCAUAAUCGAAGGACCAUACGGCUCUGCUCCUUCCACGAAAUUCCGAAACGCGGACACGAUCCUCGCGAUCGCUGGAGGAAUUGGCAUCACUUCCAUCCUCGGCUAUCUCCAGCUGUAUCUCUCUGAACUGGAAAAGGGUUCGAAGCGUAGACCCAGUAGAUUCAUCCUUUUCUGGACAGCGAGGGAAGAGAGUUUAAUUGCUGCUGUGUCCAGUCAGAUGGGUGAUGUCGAGGAGUUGAACGCGAAAGGUGUGGAGGUUAGGGUUGUAUGUACGGGGAUUGGGGAUGGAGAGAGGGUGGAUGUUCAGGAAUUGGUAAGGGGGGAGGUGCUGGGUGAGGGAGGGGAAGGGAGGAAGGUUUGUGUUGUGUCUUGUGGGCCGGGAGCGCUGGCGGAUGGGGCGAGGAAGAGUGUUGUUGGUGUUGUGGGGAAGAAAGGGGUUAGUGUUGAUUUAAUAGAGGAGGCGUUCUGUUGGUGAGAUUGUUUUGAAAGAUUGCAGGAUUUGUAGAUUUCGUUAUAACCGAGCGAUAAAUUGGAUUCCAUUUCUGACGCUUUUCAGUAGGAUGUCGAGGCGGGUGAUCUGCAGUUGCCGGUUCUUGUUGACAGCUUUAGCAAGCCUUGGAAGUACCUGUCAGCAUUUAGGGGGGAAAUCAUCCUUUACUCCACAAACCUUAAUUUAGGAGCAUGAGAAGAGAAAAUGCACAAUUUCAAUAUUCAACGAGUGAUUAUAUUUUCAGAAGAUUGUUCGGGGUCCUUCUGAGGCCGAGAUGAGAUAAAUUAUGGAUUUAAGAAGCUCAUGACACCGAGAAUCGAAGCUAAAAUCAAUGAGAUCAUGAGUGUACGAAGGCGG